CAGGAUGCCUUGAGACACACGCAGCAUCUGGUGGAGGAUUAACAUACAUACAUGUGUAUGUACGCGUCACGUAUAUAUUUACUGCAAAUGGUGGGGAUCAUUUAGUGCCCGAGAUGGGAGACCUGAAGUCAGGUUUUGAAGAGGUGGAUGGCGUGAGGCUCGGCUACCUCAUCAUUAAAGGAAAGCAAAUGUUUGCCCUCUCCCAAGUCUUCACGGAUCUGCUGAAGAACAUCCCGAGGACGACCGUGCACAAGCGCAUGGAUCAUUUGAAAGUGAAAAAGCACCACUGCGAUCUGGAGGAGUUGCGGAAACUCAAGGCAAUCAACAGCAUCGCAUUCCACGCCGCCAAAUGCACGCUCAUCUCCCGGGAAGACGUGGAAGCGCUCUACACCUCCUGCAAAACCGAGCGUGUCCUCAAGACCAAGCGCAGGAGGGUCGGCCGGGCCCUGGCCACAAAGGCGCCGCCGCCAGAGCGCGCCGCCGCCGCCGCCAGCCCCCGCCCGGGUUUUUGGAAGGACAAGCACCAACUUUGGCGGGGCCUGAGCGGAGCCGCGCGGCCCCUGCCAAUCAGCGCGCAGGCGGCGGCGGCCGCCGGGGCCACUUGCCUGGAGAGGUUUCAUCUUGUUAACAGCUUCUGCCCGCCUCCCCACCACCACCACCACCACCAUCACCACCACCACCACCACCACCACCGGGCCCAACAGCCGCAGCAGAAUCACCACCCCCCUCAUCACCACCGGCUGCAGCCCCAUCUCGGCAGCUUUCCCGAGAGUUGUAGCAGCGACUCGGAGUCCAGCUCCUACUCGGACCAUGCAGCCAACGACUCCGAUUUUGGGUCCAGUUUGUCCAGCUCCAGCAACUCCGUGUCCUCGGAGGAAGAGGAGGAGGAGGGAGAAGAGGAGGAGGAGGAGGAAGAGGAGGAGGAGGAGGAGGGGGGCAGUGGGGCCUCGGAUUCCAGCGAAGUCAGCUCGGAGGAGGAGGACUCGUCCACGGAGUCGGACUCCAGCUCCGGCUCCAGCCAAGUGUCGGUGCAGAGCAUCCGUUUCAGACGCACCAGCUUCGGCAAGCCUCCCAGCGUGCAGGCGCAGGCCAACUUCUUGUACCAUCUGGCCUCCGCCGCCGCUGCAACCAAACCCGCUGCUUUCGAGGAUGCCGGCAGACUUCCCGACCUCAAGAGUAGUGUCAAAGCCGAGUCACCGGAGGAGUGGAAUCUGCAGAGCUGGGCCCCCAAAGCGUCUCCGGUGUACUGCCCGGCCAGCCUGGGGAGUUGUUUCGCAGAGAUAAGGAAUGAUAGGGUAUCUGAGAUUACAUUCCCACACUCUGAAAUUUCCAGUACUGUAAAGAGAACUGACCUGACAAUUAACUGUUUGGCGGAGGGGGCCUCUUCACCUAGCCCAAAGACAAACAAUGCAUUUCCACAACAAAGAAUACUCCGAGAGGCUAGGAAAUGCCUACGAGCAACUCCUACUACUCACUGUGCUGAUAACAACACAAUAGCAGCUAGGUUCUUCAGUAACGAUUCUUCUGGAGCAGAGGCAAAUUCGGAAAAAGAUUCCAAAAUCCCUCACUGUGGUGAAUUUGCUACGGAUUUGUCCUCUUCCCAAACGGAUUCGGAGGUGGAUGCAGCAGCAACAGCAACGAAAGCUGAGAAUCUGGGCACGAACACAGGCGACAAGACCUUGCCAUUACUGCACAAUAUUAAAAUCAAAGUAGAAGACAGUAGUGCUAAUGAAGAAUAUGAACCUGACCUUAUUACAAAUAAGCUUAAGUGCGAGUGCAAUGAUACAAAGGGUGAGUUUUACAGUGUGACUGAAAGUAAAGAGGAGGACGCCUUGUUAACCACAGCCAAGGAAGGAGGUUUUGCAUGCCCUGAAAAAGAAACUCCUUCCUUAAAUCCACUGGCUCAGAGUCAGGGCCUCUCAUGCACUUUAGGUUCUCCAAAACCUGAGGAUGGGGAAUAUAAAUUUGGUGCCAGGGUGAGAAAAAAUUACCGGACACUAGUACUGGGAAAGCGACCUGUACUCCAGACACCUCCAGUCAAACCAAAUUUGAAAUCAGCUAGGAGUCCUCGUCCUACAGGUAAAACUGAAACACAUGAAGGAACACUGGAUGAUUUUACAGUCAUAAACAGACGCAAAAAGGUAGCCAGCAAUGUAGCAUCAGCAGUGAAAAGGCCAUUUAAUUUCAUGGCAAAUUUUCCUUGUCCACCAUCACUCAUUAUUGGGAAGGAUGGGGAUUUGUGGCCGGCGUAUUCCUUAAACACCACUAAGGAUUCCCACCCUCCUCACAAGGCCCAUCCUAUAUGGAAAUGGCAGCUGGGCGGUUCUGCAAUACCUCUUCCACCGAGUCACAAAUUCAGGAAAUUUAAUUCAUAAAAGUGUUUUGGAAGAUAUUUUCUUGAACCAUAUUACCUUCCUUUUGUUGUAUAACUGCACAGGAUGGUUUGUACAAGUCCAUUAAUGUGUUACACCCCUUUUGGAGCCCUGGUUUAUCGCAUUUUGAAGACAGAAAUCGGAUUACUUUUUUUUUUCCC